UGUUGUCGGAGCUGAGGCGGCGGAUGGAUGGAGAGCGUUUGUCUGCAGCAAUUGCUGGAUACUCGUGACCAUGUCCCCGCAGAGCUCAGCUGCAAACGCGGCGCAGUUCUCAUCAUUGACGGCAGCUCCGGACAGGCCGAUUGAGGCUGCCGUGCCCCCCUCAGUGGAGCUCGGCUUGACCGUCGUUUACACCGCUCUGUACUCUCUGCUUUUCCUGUUCGUUUACCUGCAGCUCUGGUUGGUCUUGCACUAUAAGCACAAGCGCUUCAGUUACCAGACCGUAUUUUUGUUUCUCUGUCUACUCUGGGCAGGGCUGAGGACUACCCUCUUUUCGUUUUACUUUAAAAAUUGUGUCCAGGCCAAUCAGUUGGAGCCUUUGCCUUACUGGCUGCUGUAUUGUUUCCCUGUGUGUUUGCAGUUCUUCACGUUGUGUCUGCUAAAUCUUUAUUUUGCGCAGGUUAUUUUCAAGGCCAAAGCCAAAUAUUGUCCAGAACUUAACAAAUACAAGAUUCCAUUGCGGCUCACAUUCUUGUUUGUUAGUAUUCUAUUUCUGGUGGUGAAUUUCACAUGUGCAGUAAUUGUCCAAGGAAACGUGCCAGAAAGCCAAUUGAAAUGGACUGUGUUCGCUCGCGUGCUCAUCAAUGAUAGCCUUUUUGUACUUUGUGCCAUAUCGUUAGCAGUGUGCAUCUUCAAAAUUGCAAAAAUGUCAUCUGCAAAUGUUUAUCUCGAGUCAAAGGGAACAUCUGUUUGUCAGGCCAUGAUUGUGGGUGCUGCAGUGAUCCUGCUUUAUAUCUCCAGGGCUUCCUAUAACCUGGUGGUUGUUUUCAUGGCCCCAGAGGAUAGGCCUAGUUCAUUCAACUAUGGCUGGUACAAUGUAUCUGAUCAGGCUGACGUGGAGAGAGUGAGUGACCAAGCUUACCUGGCUUUUGGAAUCAUUCUUUUCCUGUGGGAGCUCUUGCCGACGAGUUUGGUGGUAUUCUUUUUCAGAGUGCAGAGGCCAAAUCAAAAUCUGGGAUCAGGAGGAAUGAUAAACAGUCACAGUUUCAGUUCCAGGGCAUAUUUUUUUGAUAAUCCAAGGCGGUAUGAUAGUGAUGAUGAUUUAAGUCGAAGUAGUGGCUCAAGAGGAGAACGAGGAAGCAUCCUAUCCACAACACCACAAGGCACUGGUUGGUAUGGAACAGUCCAUAGGAAUAGCAAUUACACUGUAGUCUCUCACUUGCUGACUGGACCUCCAACAGCUACAGCACCACUGCUCUUCGCUUAUGGUAAUAUCCAAAAUAAUCACCACCAUAACUAUUAUUCAACGCCACAAAACUAUUACUUGACACCCCAGAACUAGUAUGAACCUGCAGUUAGUUUUGUGGAAAUGCUUGCACAUCAGUUUGCAUGGACUGACCUCUUGUGUCAAUAUGAAAGAAAUGCUGUCUGAAUUUAAUUUCUGCCAUUGAAUGGAAGAUCUUUGGAAUUUCAGAGCUGCAUCAAUGACUAUAAGCAUACAACAGAUCUACACCAUUACAGCUUGCUUUGACUAUAGUAGGUUGGGCUGUGUGCACUUUUUAGCCUGCACUUGCAACCUGAACCAAGGUUUGGAAAGUUCUGGCUUUAUUAAUAUCUAUAUAUUUUGAGGGCUUUUUGGAUUAAUCUGGGCCAAGCGGAUGCAAUUAUUCCUAAUAUGAUCAUUAUGAACUUGAUUUUAAUGUAUCUAUUAAGUGAGUUAACUUUCAAUCAGCUAUUUUAAACUAACCAAGUCAGGCAGUUUAAAAUGUAUUAAUGCUGUGACGCAUGUAUUUAAGGUAUUCUUAAGACUAGGCAAUGUUAUUUGGAUUUGUACACCUUUGCCAUGGUAAAAUACAGUAUUAAUGAUUAAUGAUACAGUAUUAAUGAGUUGGUUAUAUAUAUCCAACUUCUAUAUUUAAUGAGUUUUGUUUAAGUGACAAACUAUGUAAUAUGAUAUAAUAUUUCAGUAUUUACCAUUUUGAAAUCCUACACAAUGGGCUAGAGUUGUCUGAUAAAUAAACCUGACAAAUUGUCAAUGUGAUAAUAUUUCUACCUAUAGCCUAAAUUUGUUAGCAUUACCUUAAACUAUUUUGAUAUAGUCAAGUUGCAUGUUUAUUUUAGUGAAGUAAAAUCUUAUUACCCACAGAUUUGGUUAUCUGGGGUUUCUUUGUUCUUGAGGGCUAGUUUCUUCACACAGAAGAAAUGCUUCUAGGCUCUAAGGUAAUUCCAAACAUGUAAUAACGUGCGCAUCAGCAUGUUUUGUACACAUUUGAACUUCGAGAGAUGGCCAGAUAUUUAAGUACACUACACGAUUAUUGUAGGGCACAGAUUAAAAUAGGCUUUUCAAAGUUUGCACACUUCUUGACUUUGUUAAAAUAGUGCAGCUUAAAUGUUAGUAAAUGUAAAUUAUUGGUUAUUAAACUUUUUGAAUGUGCUGUAUUUUUGUAUGUAGUCACUGUUGGAAGCUGCACAAUAUGUAUGUAUGUCUCAGGUCUUCAACAAAAAACUUCAGCAACAAGAUAAAUCUAUUAAAUGGUCUUUUAAAUCUGCACUUGAGUACUGAAUUUGCACAAUGUUCAUCUUCAAUCCUGCUAUGUUCUUAAAAGCUUUCCAGCAUGAGUUUCAAUUAUUUCUAAUGUAUUAUACCUGGGCCAAAAUUAUGUGGUUGUCUGUUUCAGGAUUUAACCUAAACGUUAUAGGUAAAGGUCACUUAAUAUGGCCAAAACUAUUUUUCCCUUUUGCAUAUUUGGUGCAUUAGGGAUUACCUUUAGCGGUUUGUUUUCAUACAUAAUGUACUUGAUAGGUGUCAUUUUAAAUUGGUGAUCCCUCAAUGUAUAUAUAGUAUUGUUCUUUUUGGAGUAAGGCAGAAUAGAGUGAGCAGCAGGAUGGCAACACAAAAUCAGCAAUAGCUUCGUAAUCCAUUUUUUGCAUCUGUUAAUGUUAUGCUGUAUUCUAAGCAACCAUUUGGUACAUAAAUUUGAUUUUAAAAUGUGCCCUACAGUACCAUGUAAAUUGUAAUAUUUAGUCUUUUGGAAAAUGGGUAUACAUGUUUGUCAAUAUACAUGAAUAUAUGUUUCUCUAUGGAAAACUAAUUUCUGAAUUGCAUUUAUCAUCCUAAUUUUUUAGUAUGAUUAAAGCAUCAGGGAGCAUCAUAGACAGAUGGUCUUCUGAAGAAAGUAUUCAAAGCGUUGAUGUGUUUUGUUUCUCCAAGUAAUCCCGUGUUCUAGGUUGAAUUGGGUGUGUUCAAGGGAGAUGAGGACCAGAGAACUAUAUAGAUCAGGAUUAUCACAUUGUUAAUGCUUAAGCUUUCUGUGAUAUUGAACAAUCUAGGUAGAGUAUGUUCUCAUGGAAAAAUAACUAGGUCUUGCAGGAUGCUCUAAGAUUUGUAUCAUCCCAUUAGGAAAAAAUAACUUAGUGAUUUAAUUUUAAUACCUGUGGACGUUCAGCCAUUUGUAUCUUGCAGACUUGCAUCUCUACCUUAUCAUCAACAAAGCCUCUAGAAUUUAAAUCUACUUCAUAUGUAAAUAUUAUCAAGAGUAAACUGAUGUAGCAGUAUGGUAUCUUAGGAAUGUUGAUCCUAUAUGUGCACAGUAUCAAAACUAAAAUUGGAAUCAUUCAGCAUAAAUGAAAUUAAUUUAAAACUUUGCUAAUUGCUAAUUUUAGACAUUAAAAUUGUUUAUUACUCCUCAAAAUUCAUGUAGUCUUUCACUGCAGCAUGCUUAAUGAACCAAGAGCUUAUUCUAUUUUCCAUCCAGUCCAUGAGUGAAUUAUCUAACUGGCAAUCCAUCAGAGGAUCAAAUACUUAAUCUCAUUGCUGCAUGAACGCUUCCUCCAUGAACCAGGAUAUGAACAACCAAACAAAUGCCACCCUCUUUGGCUUGAUCUGUGAUUUGGAAGUGAUCAGCUUAGCUCUAGCUUUGUUGUCUAAAUGAUCAUGUCGCAAGGUCAAGCUCUCCAAUUGGAACCCGAUUGACUGUGAUUUUAUCUUCAUUUCUGACAUUGGAACAAACAACAUAAUAACCAUGUCAACACAGAAUGAUGCACUUUCUUUAUUGAAAAUAUUUGUAAAUUAUUUUUCAGUAACACUUCAAAAUUGAAUGAUUUGUUAAGCUUGUAAUGCUUAAAUCUAAAAUUUUGUCUGUGUAGCACUAUUGAAAGGUAUUGUACUGUUAAUAGUUUAACUGUAUAUUUACCACUGUUCUGUUAACUGUAAAGCUAUUCUUGAGGCUUUAUUUUAUUGUGACCAAUGAAUGUAAUGAACUUACUAUUUAAAAACUGUAACAAGCACUACCAUAUUUAAAUAAAUGUUUUAUGGCA